AAGAUAAUAUAUAUGAUGAUGUUGAAAAGUCAAAAAGAGAAGAAAGAAAAAAAAAACAUUUAACGCGCAAAGACCGAUUUGGUUUUUGUUGGGAGUCAUUGCGUUCUCAUCAUCAGUGUCUCUCUUUUCUUUGCCCCAUUCUUCACGAACUUUCACUAGACGACGACGACGAUCCAAAGUCCCAGUCAACUCACUCACAAAGACGACUCCUUUAUUAAAUUAUUCCCAACUCCUUUCUUCAUCAUCAUCAUCAUCAUCAUUCAUAACCACUUAGCCACAGAUGCGAUUUUCUUCUCCUUCUUCAUUGUGCUCUUCAACACUUAUGAACAAGAGCACCACCACCACGACAACGACGACUACAAAGACCAAAGCUUUCGUUUUGUGUUUCUGAUUUUGAUUCGAUUUUGAUGCUCAUCGAAGAGAACCCUUGAUUUUGUUGCUGUAGUUCAUAGAGAUUUUACACAUUUUGUGGAAUUUAGUGGAUUUAUGAUGAUGGGUAGGUUAGUUUUUGUAAUCUGGCUCUAUAAUUGUCUCUGUUUGCUGCUACUCUCGAGCUUGGUUGACGCGGAUCAGGCCAACAUAGAUUGCUUAAGGACCUUUAAAUCUCAAGUAGAGGAUCCAAAUAGAUAUUUAUCGACUUGGGUUUUUGGCAACGAGACUGCUGGUUAUAUCUGCAAGUUCAGUGGUGUGACUUGUUGGCAUGAUGAUGAGAAUAGGGUUUUGAGUAUUAAGCUAUCUGGUUAUGGUCUUAGAGGAGUGUUUCCUCCUGCGGUUAAGCUAUGUGCUGAUCUCACUGGUUUAGAUCUUUCUAGAAACAACUUCUCUGGACCUUUACCAGCCAACAUUAGCACCUUGAUUCCACUUGUUACGAUUCUAGACCUCUCCUACAAUAGCUUCUCUGGUGAAAUCCCUAUGUUGAUCUCCAACAUUACCUUUUUGAACACUCUUAUGCUUCAGCAUAACCAGUUCACGGGUACUCUUCCUCCCCAGCUAGCGCAACUUGGACGGCUCAAAACAUUCUCUGUGUCUGACAAUCGUCUCGUUGGUCCUAUCCCAAAUUUCAACCAAACCUUGCAGUUUAAGCAGGAAUUGUUUGCUAAUAACCUGGAUCUGUGUGGUAAGCCUCUAGAUGACUGUAAGAGUGCUUCUAGCUCUCGUGGUAAAGUUGUUAUUAUAGCGGCAGUUGGUGGACUGACUGCAGCAGCAUUAGUCGUUGGGGUUGUUUUGUUCUUCUAUUUCCGUAAAUUGGGUGCUGUUCGGAAGAAGCAGGAUGAUCCUGAAGGAAACAGAUGGGCAAAGAGCUUGAAAGGACAGAAAGGUGUUAAGGUUUUCAUGUUUAAGAAAUCGGUUUCAAAGAUGAAAUUAAGCGAUCUUAUGAAGGCAACAGAGGAAUUCAAGAAAGAUAAUAUCAUUGCAACAGGAAGAACAGGAACUAUGUACAAAGGUAGGCUUGAAGACGGGUCUCUACUUAUGAUAAAGAGGUUGCAGGAUUCUCAACGCUCUGAGAAAGAGUUUGAUGCAGAGAUGAAGACUUUGGGCUCUGUUAAAAACAGAAACUUAGUCCCUCUCUUGGGCUAUUGUGUUGCCAAUAAGGAGAGGCUUCUAAUGUAUGAGUACAUGGCAAACGGUUACCUUUAUGAUCAGUUACAUCCUGCAGAUGAAGAAUCCUUCAAGCCCUUGGAUUGGCCUUCAAGGCUGAAAAUCGCGAUUGGGACGGCAAAAGGAUUGGCAUGGCUUCAUCAUAGCUGCAACCCGAGAAUCAUCCAUCGCAACAUAAGCUCGAAAUGCAUAUUGUUGACUGCAGAGUUUGAGCCAAAGAUCUCGGAUUUCGGUCUAGCUAGGCUGAUGAACCCAAUUGAUACCCAUUUAAGCACAUUCGUCAAUGGAGAAUUUGGGGAUUUCGGUUAUGUUGCUCCCGAGUAUUCAAGAACCAUGGUUGCAACUCCAAAAGGAGAUGUCUACAGCUUCGGUGUUGUGCUUCUAGAGCUAGUAACGGGCCAAAAAGCAACGAGUGUAACAAAAGUAUCUGAAGAAAAAGCUGAGGAAGAAAACUUCAAGGGUAACCUCGUGGAAUGGAUUACAAAGCUAUCAAGUGAAUCAAAACUGCAGGAAGCAAUCGACAGGUCCUUACUUGGGAACGGUGUGGAUGAUGAAAUCUUCAAAGUACUCAAAGUAGCAUGCAACUGCGUUCUACCGGAAAUAGCAAAGCAGAGGCCAACCAUGUUUGAAGUUUAUCAGCUUCUAAGAGCCAUUGGAGAGAGCUACAACUUCACCGCCGAUGAUGAUAUCUUAAUCCCAUCUGAAUCAGGUGAAGGCGAUUUCAUUGAAGAGCUCAUAGUUGCUCGUUGAUCAAGAGGAAGGGUAAGAAUUGUGAAACAAACAUCUCUAGUCGUAGCAGUCCAAAGAUAUAUAUAAUGUAUAAGUAUUGUUUUUAUUUUAUUUUUGGGUUCUCGUCGUCGAUGGUGUGUUGUAAUAUGAUAUAUUGUUAGAUGCACUCUCUUAUUACUAUGUACUAAGCUUUGGGUGUGUGGUACAGUCACUGUUUUGGUUUUGCCACUACGUCUUUGCUGCCUUAUAUUUUGCAGCACUAAUUUGGUUGAGGAGAAUACAGUCAUCACGUGGGAUAUCUUUGAAGACUAACUAUGUGCUCGAUUUGGACCCACUGACUAUGGAGAUUUCAACGAAACUCUGUCCGAAAUUGGACAAACCACAAAUAUAUUGCAAUGACGAAUGAUUGGGUCAAGAAUACCAAAUUCAAAAUAACUAGACUUAGUCAAUUCUUGGUUUUCUUUUUUUUUUGCUUAAUUCUCGUCGACAAUAAUAGAAGAAUUAACAAGUGUUCUU